GCUCUGCAGCAGCGUGGAGGAAGCAGCUUCCUUGCGUACGCAACCACCGCUUCGGAUUCGCCGGCCGCCUCCCCGUCUCCUCGCCGUUCACGGCCACCGACCGCGGGGUGAGACGCGGGGGCGCCGAUGCUUCACGCCGCCCGGUAGCGAGCUGCGGAUGCUGUGGCCCGUGAGGCUCGCUGGUGCUGCCGCUUGGGGAUCUGGGCGGCGGCGGUGACCGGCGGCGAUGUCGGCGAAGGAGAGGAAGCUCAGCAGGCUCGGGAGUUGCAAGGUUGUUGCCGUUGCGGGAGGCAGCGGCGGCGGCGGUUUGGGUUCCCCCGCGGCGAGGGGUCACCGGUCGGCGGCGGCGGCCGGGCCGCAGCGGCGUCUGUUCGCGGCGCUCUUCGCGUUCCUGUGCGCCGGCGUGGUCGUCAUUGGCGGCGUGCACGUCAUUGGAGCAUCGUUCCGGCCAGUACUCAGGACGGCGUGGCCGUCGGGGACCCUGAACGCCAUUUCCUCUGAUGCUGGAGCGCAGCAAGCUGGGGGCAGCGCCGACACCGUGUUGCCGUCAGUUCAAAUCCGGCACGCGGUUGGCUUCCCGGAUCGUGUUCUCCUGAUCCUCAAGGACGGGUCGUCGCUGCCAGCUCCAGAGCGGGUUGAGUGUCUGUACUCCCCUGCCAAUUCCUCGGAGCUGCGUCGCCGAGCCCUUCUGGCUGUGUCCUCACCAGAUGGAUCCAGCCUCGUCCAUUGCCCUGCUGAGCCAUCUGGUGUGGAUGUCUCACUGUCAUUGUCCCUGUCACCUCCAGUGGUGCCGCUGCAUUGGGACAGACUUGUGUACACCGCACUUGUUGACAGCAGGGACAACUCCACUGUUGUGUUUGCCAAGGGGAUGAACCUCCGUCCAGGUCGUUUGGGUGUGGCAUCGCGGUAUCAGUGCGUCUUUGGCCGGGACCUAUCGAAGCCAAAGCAUGUGCUCACCUCCCCUGUGAUUUCUGCAGCACAGGAGAUUUUCCGGUGCGUGACACCAGCUCGCAUUCGCAGGUAUCUGAGGAUGUCAACUGAUGCCAACAGAAAUGGAGACACUGAUGACAAGCCUAUGCUGGUCUCUAUCAGGACGAAGGGCCAGAGGGACUCUACACUUCCCUCAAUUGCCGAACCUGAGCCACUUCCUCGGUACAAAAGGCAUCGACGGCAGAAGGCACACUCAAUGUGUGUAUGCACCAUGCUGCGCAACCAAGCAAGGUUCCUCCGAGAAUGGAUCAUCUACCACUCCCAUAUUGGUGUGGAGCGGUGGUUCAUCUAUGACAACAACAGUGAUGAUGACAUUGAGCAGGUCCUCAAUACCAUGGAUCCAUCAAGGUACAACGUCACGCGCCAUCUGUGGCCAUGGAUGAAGUCUCAGGAGGCAGGUUUUGCACAUUGUGCUCUCAGGGCCCGAGAGAGCUGUGAGUGGGUGGGGUUCAUCGACGUCGACGAGUUCUUGCACUUCCCUGGUAACCAGACUCUAGCAGAUAUUCUCCAGAACUACUUAAACAGGCCACGAAUCGGUGAGCUCAGGACUGCGUGCCACAGCUUUGGUCCGUCAGGUCGGAUCAAAAUUCCCAAGAAAGGCGUUACAACAGGCUACACCUGCCGGCUGUCAGCACCGGAGCGCCACAAGUCAAUUGUCAGGCCGGAUGCAUUAAACCCAUCACUCAUCAAUGUGGUGCACCAUUUCCAUCUGAAAGAAGGGGUGAGGUAUGUGAACAUUGGUCAGGGAGUGAUGCUGAUCAACCACUACAAGUACCAAGUUUGGGAGGUGUUCAAGGAUAAGUUUUCUGGCCGUGUCGCAACCUAUGUUGCAGAUUGGAAGGAUGAAGAGAACGUGGGAUCCAGAGACAGGGCACCAGGAUUAGGGACCAAGCCGGUGGAACCAGAGGAUUGGCCGAGUCGGUUCUGUGAAGUUUAUGAUACCGGUCUUAAAGAUUUUGUGCAUAAAGCUUUCACAGAUCCAGAUACUGGAAGUCUUCCAUGGUAGAUGAUACUCAAUCACUGUAUUUGAUCUGGCAUGGCUCACAAUAUCCUACAUGGAGAUGCACAUACUGGAAAAGAAACACAGAAAAGAGUUAGGCAGAAGAGUAAUUUGCUCUUUGGUAAAUGUUAGUCUAAGGUUUUUCCCGUUCUUAUUUUCUUUUAUAAUCAUCCAUUUUUUUACAUAUCUAAGAGGGAGAGAAUUCUUUUGUAGAUACAGAUUGGUAGCAGGUUCACUGUAAGUUUUCUUGAUGAAAGAUGAAAUGAAUAGGAUAACUACUUGACUUUCUUUCUUCAGUUA